AACCGCCAUCUUCCAGUAAUUCGCCAAAAUGACCAACACAAAGGGAAAGAGGAGAGGUACCCGCUAUAUGUUCUCUAGGCCUUUUAGAAAACAUGGAGUUGUUCCUUUGGCCACAUACAUGCGAAUCUAUAAGAAAGGUGAUAUUGUGGACAUCAAGGGAAUGGGCACUGUUCAAAAAGGAAUGCCCCACAAAUGUUACCAUGGCAAAACUGGAAGGGUCUACAAUGUUACUCAGCAUGCUGUUGGCAUUGUUGUAAACAAACAAGUUAAGGGCAAGAUUCUUGCCAAGAGAAUUAAUGUCCGCAUUGAGCAUAUUAAACACUCAAAGAGCCGAGAUAGCUUCCUGAAGCGUGUGAAGGAAAAUGAUCAGAAAAAGAAGGAAGCCAAAGAGAAAGGUACUUGGGUCCAACUGAAGCGCCAGCCUGCCCCACCCAGAGAAGCACACUUUGUGAGAACCAAUGGAAAGGAGCCUGAACUGCUGGAACCCAUUCCCUAUGAAUUCAUGGCAUGAUAACUGUAAAAAAAAUAAAAGACCUCACGAUUGUAAAAGUGUUUCUCUUAAUUGAGUAGGAGUGUGGUUGGUGUCCUUUCACUUAAAAAAAUAUUUAAAGCAAACUCUUGUUCUAAUUCAUUGGGUGAUAUUUUUAUUCAAGGUGGGAGGUGGUUUAUUGUACAACAGAGUAUGCUUAAUUGGUUAGAAAACUGCCAGGUAUUACUUUGAAAAUAUUUAUAGUAGUUGGGAAAUAGUCCCUUUAAAUCCCUAAGGGAAAAAAAAAUUAAAUACAUGAAAGGUUACCUAUCACACUCAUUACAUUUAAGUUCAGGGAUAGCUACGAGUACUUGUAAUUGUAUCCUGUCAUACAUAGCUGUGUUUUGAGGAUAAAGAACUUGCCUUUGAAGUCAACUACUUAUAAAUAGAUUGUUUAAAGCACUGGUCUGGUUCCUACCAAAUUGUUUUCCCUGUCAUUUCCUGUCACAAUUUUCCUGUAUGGUGCUUUAGCUCUUAGGAAAACUUUGUUUUCUUGGAGGUGUUCUUUCUUACCCCAAUUCUUUUGCACUUUCCUUUGCCUGAAAUACUUACACUUUAAGUUGCUGAAUUUUCUCAUUUCAUCUUGAGUGUCAUAGGUGAAACUUCCCUGAUAAGAGUAUCUUAAGGAGAGGAAUGAAAGUGCUUGGAAUCAGGAGAAAAAUUAUUUCUGAUUUGGGAUAGUAGAAUAAAGUCCUUACACCUGUUCCCACUACA